UCAUGAGGAAGUGUUUGUACUGGAAAGAGUUGAUAAAAACACAGCUUGUGUGUAAAUACAAAGAGGCACUGACUCUUGACCUGAAGCAGCAGCAGCAGUGUCAUCUGAAGCAUAUUGUCUCUCUUCUCAAAUUAAGAAACAUUAUGAAACUUCCAGUUUUGUUUUUGCUCAUUGUGGAAACAGCUUCUGCUAAUACAAUUAAUUUGGCUCUUACCGGAGAAGCGACCCAGAUUGACACAUACGAUGAGCUCGGAGCUGCUUCCAAUGCCAUUGAUGGUAACCGCAAUUCUAACUACUAUCAUGACUCAUGCACCCACACAGCCACCACCACUAACCCCUGGUGGAGAGUGGACCUGCAGGAGUCGAACACAGUUACCUCCAUCACCAUCACAAACAGAGGAGACUGCUGUGGUCAUAGACUGGACGGUGCUGAGAUCCGCGUGGGCAACUCUUUGGACAAUAAUGGGAACAACAAUCAGCUAGUAGCUACGAUUUCUCGCAUCAGACAAGGCAGUUCUGAAAAUUUUAUUAUACCACCUACUGAAGGACGUUAUGUCAAUGUAUUUCUACGAGGAACUGACAAGUAUUUGACCCUCUGUGAAGUGGAGGUCUACGGGGAGGCAGAUGCAAAAGUGAACGUGGCUCUGGCCAAAGAAGCCACUCAGAGUUCCACAAUGCAUGCAGAAGGACUGGCUGGACACGCUGUUGAUGGGAAACGUGAUCCUCUCUACUAUCAUGGGUCCUGCACACAUACACUCCUCAGUACUGACCCCUGGUGGAGAGUGGACCUGAAACACCCAUACUUUGUUACCUCCAUCAUCAUUACAAACAGAAAAGAGUGCUGCGCUCAGAGACUGGACGGUGCUGAGAUCCGUGUGGGCAACUCUUUGGACAAUAAUGGGAACAGCAAUCAACUAGUGGCUACAGUUUCACACAUCCCAGCAGGCCGCUCUAAAACCUUCAUACUGGAUGGAGCUGUGGAGGGGCAGUAUGUGAACGUGCUCAUCCCAGGGACAGACAAGUAUUUGACCCUCUGUGAAGUGGAGGUCUAUGGAUACCAGCAAGAAGGUGCACCACCUGAAGAAGCAGAUGAACGACCUGUUUGAGAGGAGCAUAUGUGAGCUGAUCAUUCUCAACAAACUGAAUCAGAGACACGUUCUUAAUCGAGGUUGAUAUUCUAAUAAUUAAUAAUACACUUGGGUCUUUUUAGUGGAGACGUCUACAGCCAGUCCUCUGUCAUUACAAACAUGCAGUUUGGAGCAGAGUUCAGACUUUAGAGAAAGAAAUUGGACAGUGUUUUGUGUUUGUGGUAAUGCCAAUGAUUAAAGUCUGCAUCAUUUAUAAGGUAAAAAUUAUGAUUAAUUAAUGUGAGAAAAAUAAAAUUGUGAUUAGUGAGUCAUCAUUAAAGAGCUUGUAUUACUCUGUUUUCUGA